AUGAUCAUUUUCAAUGUAGAAUAUUUUAUAUUGAAACGAGAUGGUCUUGAGUCAAUGUUUCCAAUUACAACUUUACUUGUGUUCUGUUCAAGAUCACUGAUAUUUCUGGAUCUCUUGACAGUUGGAAGGAAAAAUAAACCUUUAGUCAUUGGCGUAACAGUUGCAUCAUGUGUGGUGGGACUGGGGGUAGUAAUGAUCCUCUGCAUUCUUCUCAUUGUUGGUAGAGGACGAUUUUUGAAGAAGAAAACAGAGAAUGAUAAAACCGUACAGGCCUUUGUUAGAAAUUACGAUUCUCUCACUCCACAUAGAUACAGUUAUUAUGAUGUUAAAAAGAUGACAACAUCAUUCAGGGAUGAACUUGGUCAAGGAGGCUUCGGUGAUGUCUACAAAGGAAUGUUAUUAGAUGGUCGUCUUGUUGCAGUGAAGGUAUUGAAGGAAUCUAAAGGUAAUGGGGAGGAAUUUAUCAAUGAGGUCGCUAGCAUCAGUAGAACAUCUCAUGUUAAUAUAUUUGCUUUUUUAGGUUUUUGUUAUAAGAAGAAGAAAAGAGCUCUUAUAUAUGAAUUUAUGUCUAAUGGAUCUCUAGAAAAAUUCAUAUAUGAUAACGAACCUUCAAGUGUUAACCGCAAGUUGGAAUGGGAAACAAUGUCUCAUAUUGUAGUUGGAAUUGCCAGAGGUUUAGAGUAUUUACACCGAAGGUGUAAUAUAAGGAUUGUGUAUUUUGAUAUAAAACCUCACAAUAUUCUCUUAGAUGAAGACUUUUGUCCAAAGAUAUCUAAUUUUGGACUUGCUAAACAAUCCAACACAAAAGAGAGUAUCAUAUCAAUGUUAGUUGCUAGAGGAACUAUGGGAUAUACUGCACCGAAAGCAUUUUGUCAACAUUUCGGAGAAGUUUCUCACAAGUCUGAUGUCUAUAGUUACGAAAUGAUGGUUCUCGAAAUGAUUGGGGGGAGAAAAAACAUUGAUGUUGGAGUGUCUCAUACCAGUCAAAUAUAUUUUCCACAUUGGAUACACAAGUGUGUUGAAUCUGGAAAGGAUCUCGAACUUCAUGGGGUUGUCACUGAUGAAGAAAAAGAGAUUGUGAAAAAGAUGAUAUUAGUGGGCUUGUGGUGCAUUCAAACCAAUCCAUCUGAUAGACCAUCGAAGACCAAAGUUGUAGAAAUAUUGGAAGGUAGCCUAGAAAACUUGGAGGUUCCACCAAAACCUUAUUUGUCUUCUCCAACAAGAUCACCUCAACAUUCUUCUCCUACAUCAUCAACAUGA